AUGGGCCUGGUGCGCUGCUGCGAGCGUGUGUGGACAGCGCGGGCCUGGACGUGGCAAGUGCGCUCGGCUGGCGCGGAGGGUGGCACGGGGAGAUCGCGGUCGGCGCAGAGGGUCGCGGGCGGCGCCUCGAGGGUUGGCGACGCUGGGGUCCUGCCUUCAAGCCCGCGCCUCCAAGGUUUCAAAAUCAGGUUGGAUCUGAUUGCUUUCUGCGAGAUGGCGACGAUGCUGGGAUGUGAUGGUAAGGGGAGCAUGAGGAAGACUAUGACGAAGAAGCCUAUGAUUAGCAAGGCCAGUGACGAGAAGAGUGAAGAGGAUAAUAAGGAAAUCGUCAGUUAUCGUUGCCACUGGGAAAGAUGUUUUGGCAAGUGUUCAGGUUCCUUCGAGGACACAACUGUUGUGCCACCCAUGCGCUAUACGUUUGGACCCAUCCCAAAAUCUGCCACCGUGGAGGAAGGAUUGCAGAUAUUUUCUGUUAAGGUUUCAGAGCCCAAAGAGGAAGAAGGCGUCCACUGGCCACUGCACGUAUUUGGCUUGAUCGCUAUCAGGGACUCUAUGGAUCCUAGACGUAACUUUAUUUUCCACCGUUCCAGGGACAACUGCCUAACCAUAACUGAAGAGGCCAUUUAG